CCUACAUUUGAGGCUUCAGCUCUCGAUGCUUCCAUUUUGCCUUAGCCUAAGCAUUGCUUUUGAAAGGCAAUUUAUUUGUAACGGCAAUUUCUCUGCUUUAAUCGCUACACCCCUCCCAUAAUAUUCCCAAAUAUCCCAGUUUUAAGCAUGUCUGUUCAGCUAUGUUACGAUCCUUCGAAGGCUGGAAUAGAAGUAGACAAGUGUGCUCUAAUUCCUCCGGAAUCUGGUCUUCACCUUGUGUGUCUCUGCGAAGAGUGUGUUCCAAAACUAAGAGAGCUCGCUGCUUUUGAGAAAGAGAUAAAAUCCAAGCGGCGGCUUGUCAAUGAAUAUCUUUACCAAAUCAAUCGGUCACAAGAUCGGUGUGUGUUUCUUUCUACAGCCGUUGAGCGCACGAAAAAGAUGCUGGAUUUACUUCUCAAUAACCUCUCAACAGCAUCUAAGAAGUCGGGAAUCUCAUUUACGCUUCAACGAAGUGCUUCUGUAGUCAAACUUGAACAAACUGAUUUGGUAAUAGCUAGAUUGCUAGUACAGCAUGGCCUCAUGAAUGACUUUGAGAAUGAAAAUGCAAUUGAGAUUUGUGAUGAUGAUGAUCACGAUGAUGAUGACGAUGAAGGGGAGAAUGAGGAUGAGGAAGAGGAGGAAACUGAUGAGAUUCUUCCUAUUGGGUCUAAGAUCAGUUCUCUGCUAUAUUUGUACGGGGAAACCAAGGUUAAAGAUGUUGCUUAUAGCCUACUUGAAAAGAUUGAUAGUCUAGAAAAAGAACUUUGGGAGGCUCAGAAAUCUGCUGUAGCAGAGAAUAAACCAAUGGAUCCCUUGAUUCCCAUGAAGUGCAUUGAAGAACAAAUUAGGCUUAUAAAGAAGCUGCCGGUUGAGGAAUUGUACGAUGAAGUUAAAGAGCUGGUUUCUCAACUUACCCACAGGAAUGAGAAUGUGGGAAUUGCUCUCGCAGCAUCGGAUGUCGUAUUCAAUACUUGUCAUGCUAUGAUUCAAAUAAGGAACGAUUUCUUGCGAAAGUACAAUAAGUGUGAUAUUUCCUCCUUGACAAACGGAAAUGGAAAUAAACACGGUUUGAAUGGAUUUGGAGAAACCCUUGAUUCUCUACUGAUCCAGGUUAAAUUGUUUAAAGAUCGUUGGGAGACAGACUAUGCCCCUUUCUUUACUCCAUAUGAUCGGUUAGAGCCUAAAAGGCAACGGACUGAUUGAAUGUUGUGGAUAGUUUUGCCUCCGAUUUCCUGAUGUCGAAGUUGAAUAUCUGAUGUUUCUUCUGGUGGGUAUUGUAUUUUUUUGAACAAGCCACCACCAUGGCUGGCUGACCUCAAGUUUGCCUUGGGAACCCUUCAAAGUUCAAUGCCUGGAAUUCUCUUGAUGCCUGGGGUUACAUAUCAUACUGCUAACUCAUAAAGUUAUUAUAUCUAUCUAUUAUUAAAACUAUAAUUAUUAUUAUUAUUGUUAUUAUUAUUAUUAUUAUUAUUAUUAUUAUUAUUAUUGGUUUCAUGUUUCUGGUGUGGUUCCUAAAAUGCUAUUUUAGUCGUGGUUAUUGAUAUUUGUUAUAUAUGGAGGCUUGGAGCUCUACUUAAUCA